AUGGCCAAUGAACAAGCCUCCAAUGGCGAGGUCCUGCCGACCGACGGCAGGAGAAUCCUCAUCUUAUAUGGCUCCGAGACAGGCAAUAGUCACGAUUUUGCUAUAGACCUGGAGACUAUGGCCGAGCGCCUGCGCUUCAGGGCAGAUGUGUUUGCCAUCGACACAAUCACUCUGAAAACUCUCACUCAGUACCCGCUCGUUAUUUUAGUCAUCUCUACGACUGGUCAAGGUGAGAUGCCAAAGAACUCGCGGCUCUUAUGGAAAAGACUCCUCUCCAAAAGAUUACCGCCAACAGUCUUUAAAAACGUUAAUUUCACAACGUUUGGCCUGGGAGAUAGCUCAUAUAGACAAUAUAAUUGGGCUGCCAGAAAAUUCCAUAAACGGCUGCUUCAGCUAGGAGCCUCUGAAUUUUAUCCUCGUGGUGAGGCAGAUGAACGACAUGAAGAUGGAAUAGAUGGCGCCUUUCUACCGUGGUUAAUCAGCCUGCGCUCCCACCUGUUAUCUGAGUGGCCUCUUCCCGAAGGCGUUUUGCCAAUCCCACAAGAUGUUCCUUUGCCACCAAAAGUCAUUCUCGAACGAGAUUCUGUGGCUGCUAAAGACAAAGUCUUUCAUAGAGACCACCUUGAAAACGUUGAUAGUAACGGACUUGAUUGCCAGACAUUACGUUUUGGCCAGCUUAGUGUGGCUGGCCAAAUGACCGAAGAGAAGGACACUUUCGUCGAAAACGGCGCCAAGAAGGACCAAGCAGAGGAGCCUUAUACUGGUGACAAAGCGAUGCUCAAUGAUCUACUUCCAAUUCCCGAGUCCUGGACAGCAACUGUCGAAUGUAACGAUCGACUUACCCCAGACGGCCAUUGGCAGGAUGUACGGCAACUCAAGUUGGAUGUACUGCCCCGAGCAGAGACCGAGGACAGAUUCUUGAACAAUGCUGGCGACAGUGUCGUUCUCUACCCAAGGAACUUCCCCGAGGACGUUCAGGCCUUGAUAGACCUGAUGAAUUGGAACGAUGUGGCCGACGAGCCGUUCAGACAUUACUUGCGAGGCGAUGGCGCCACUGCAGAGGAAUAUACACCCCCUAAUUGUUAUUCCGCCAAGAACAGUUCGUUACGUCAACUAUUGACAAACAAUUAUGACAUAACUGCCAUACCAAAACGAUCCUUCUUCGACUCUGUAAGGUUCUUUGCAUCAGACCCCAUGCAGAAGGAGAGACUUGAAGAAUUUUCGGAUCCCAAGUACAUCGACGAGUUUUACGAUUACACUACACGCCCUCGAAGAUCCAUCUUGGAGAUCUUGCAGGACUUUUUGUCCAUCAAAAUCUCAUAUCAGCACAUACCUUCCAUGUUUCCUCUCAUUCGAGGGCGCGAGUAUAGCAUUGCGAGUGCUGGUAAGCUUUCCCAGCCCGGUGGCGAAGCAUCCCCGGAGUACCACGUCGAGCUUCUCAUUGCACUGGUCAAGUACAAGACGGUUCUGCGAAAGACACGAAGGGGACUGUGUUCACGUUACGUUGAGUCCUUGCAGCCCGGAAGUCGUAUCAACAUUACACUGAACCGACGGGGCGGACCCUUUGUCUCCAACAAACAAAUCAUCGAGAGGCCUCUUCUCUGUAUCGCCACGGGUACAGGAGUAGCCCCCAUCCGCGCUGUAUUUUGGGAACGGGAGCAGGAGCGGGAAUCUUCUCAUGGCCCCAACCACUUGUUCUAUGGCUCGCGCAAUGAGAAGGCCGACUUCUUUUUCAAAGAUGAAUGGCCAAAGCUAGACGUCGAGGUCCACACGGCGUUCUCGCGAGAUCAAAAACAAAAAAUCUAUGUCCAAGAUGUCAUACGGACCCAGUGGGAACUCGUCUGCAGCUUGAUCAAAGCCCAGGCUACCAUCGCAGUAUGUGGAAGUUCGGGUGCGAUGCCCGAGGCCGUCAAGAAUGCCAUUGCCGAAGUCAUGGUUCGGGGUGGUGUCGUCGACCCAAAUGUUGACGCGUGGGACUAUCUUGUGCGCAACAACAUGGUCUGGGAGGAGGUAUGGUAA